GGCCGCCGCUGAGGGGAGAGGCGCGGCCGCGCCUGCGCGCUGCGGCGCCCCCUGCCGGCGCGCGGCGGCACCGGGGCUCUUAAAGGCGCCGCGCCCCCGGUACCGAGCCCGGCCGCCGGUACCGGGAUGGAGGCGGCGGCCGCAACGGCGGCCCCCGGCUGGCGCUGCCGGCCGGGGGGGCGGCUGGACAUGAGCCACGGCUUCGUGCGGCACAUCCGCCGCAACCAGCUCGCCAGGGACGCGUACGACCGCGCGGUGCGGCAGGCGCGGGGCCGAGCGCGGACGCGGCUGAUCCCGGGCCCGGCGCGGCCCCGGCGGCCCGACCAGCAGGUGUACCGGCCGCAGCGGGGCCGCGGCGGGCCCGGGGGCGAUGCCGGCGCGGGGCCGCCCCCCGAGAGCCGCGGGGACGCCCCGGACGCGGCGCGGGGACCGCGGCUCUUCUGCCUCGAGUACGAGGGGGACGACGGGCGGGUGACGGCCGUGAUCGUGCACCAGGGGGACAGCGCCGAGGAGGUGACCCGGCGGGUGUGCGCCCGGAGCCCGCUGGAGCCGCCGCUGCGGCGGGCGCUGUGCCAGCGCGUGCAGGACGAGCUCAGCAAGCGCCGGGGCACCGGGUGACACCGCCGCAGCCCCGGGCACUGCCACCCCCGCCGCCGGCGCCGCCCCCCGCCACCGGCGC